UUUUAAAGCUGUUCAUAUUAAAACCCUAAACCAUCGUAGAAAAGUAACUCAGCUCAGCUGUUCAUUCCCUCUUUCUCGUUCAACCAAACCAAAGCUCUGAACUUUUGCAGAGCUUCUUCUAAUAAAUGCCAGAAGAUUCCGCCAUGUGCAGCAAACAGAAAGAGAAGAAGGGCGGAGAGGAACGCGAACAACAACAUGUACAGAACAAAAGUAAGAAGCGCAAGGAGAUUUGCCCUUACGGAAACUACAAACACUACUACGGCUAUCGAAUUGGUCAAGAACUGGAGGAGGAUCCUAGAUUGAAGGUUUUCAAGAAGGAAUGGUUCCAAGGCAAGGAUUGUCUCGACAUUGGCUGCAAUUCUGGAAUUAUGACCAUUCAAAUUGCCAAAAAAUUCUGCUGCCAGAGCAUUCUUGGAGUUGACAUCGACGCCAAUCGAAUUCAGGAUGCAUACUGGCACAUCAGGAAAUUUUUGAAAAUGGAGGAUGCUAGAAAGGUGCCUGGAAAGGCUUCUAAGUUGGAGGGUGCAAAUGGUUCAGAGCACAGUAUCAAAGGUUCAUCAAAGGAAGAGAUGAAGGAGAUCCCAAGGAAUUGUUGUGCUGAGAAGAAAAAUCUGCUUGACAUAGUAUCUUUCCAAAGAGAAGAUUUUGUUAAUACUCGUGAUCCACCAAAGAAGCAUUAUGAUACCAUUAUUUGUUUGAGUGUAACAAAAUGGAUUCAUUUGAAUUGGGGUGAUGAUGGAUUGAUUACAUUAUUUACAAAGGUUUGGAGGCUACUUCAUCCGGGUGGAAUUUUUGUGUUGGAACCUCAACCUUGGAAGUCAUAUGAAAAUAAUUACAAAGUUUCUGAGACAACCAGAACCAAUUAUAAAAAUCUUAAGUUCCAUCCGGAAUAUUUUCAAGACUUACUUCUGGACAAGAUUGGAUUCAAAACAGUGGAGAAUGUCACUUCCAGCGUGUCGGGCAGCAAAACUGGAUUCAAUAGACCAAUUUUAGUGUUCCGCAAAUGACAGCCUAGUAAUGCAGUACGAGGAGCAGGGUUGAGUGUUGAUCCGAAAAGGAGGCUUAACUCGGACAAUGUUGGCUGCAUAGGUGCACUUUUUGUGGGAACCUUGACAAUGUAGCCACAGAUAUGCGUCUCUUAGAUUGGAAAGAAUCAAUGGGAACCUUGACACCAUGUGUCAAUUUUGUCAAGUGUUGUAAGAAUCAUACAGGCAAAGGAAUGGAAUACGUCCUGUCCCAAUCUUGUAGUUGCAUCUAAUACUGUACAUAUAUAUAUUAUGAUGCAAUUCAAUAGUGGUUACUAAAUUUUUGAAGGGUAAGUUAAUUUCCCUACUCUA